AUGAACGAUGACGGUUCUCUGUCGCACGACUCGUUGGGGCCGCGGGCUCUAGCUAUCGUCACACCCUUUUUCGUUCUUGCCAUCCUCAUUUUCUCACUCUUCGAAGUAGUCAUUUACUCGCUCUUCGCAAUUACCGUUGCUUCUGGAUUUGGCCGUCACAGCUACGAUGAUAUCCGUCGGGUGUCUACUACUGAAAUUCGCCCGGACCACGACGUGGCGCGCAUUCAUCUGUUCCUGCAGUGUCGGCCGAUUAAUGCCCAUUGGGAAGAAGUUCCGGGUGCCCGGUGUUUCAGCGCGGAGCAAAUUUGGAUAUGCGGCUACGUGAUCGUAGCAGCUGCCAUGUUCGGCGAUUUGACGUUGGCAGUCAUGCCAAUGUUCCUGAUUUGGAAGCUGAGUCGAUCAAUCGUGGAACGUUGUCUUCUCACCUUCUUGAUGGCGCUUGGUCUCGUUGCAACCACUGCCGUUGUCAUGAGGGUCGUCAUCAUGCACACCUUUGACUACACUUCCCCUGAAAACUUCUUCCGCGCCGCUACUCAAGUCCCCAAUUGA